AUGAACAAUACACCGCUCGACGAACUUCAAUGGAAGUCGCCUGAAUGGAUUCAGACGUUUGGGCUCAGGACAGAUAACGUGCUGGAGUAUUUUUCGCAAUCUCCGUUUUUUGACAGGUCCAGCAACAACCAAGUGCUCAAAAUGCAAAGUCAGUUCAACGAACAGUUCCAAAUACAGUUGCAGCAAAACCCUCAUUUCUUGCAACAAGAACUGAAGAAGAUGAAAGGGGUAGAGUUUAUUGUUGCGUAUACCCAGGAACCUAAUUUUUGGGUGAUUAGAAAACAGUUCAGAAAAUCCCCCAACGAGGCCGAUGCACUAAAUGACUAUUACAUCAUAGGGGCCAAUGUCUACAUGGCGCCCGUAUUAAACGAUGUGAUAAGUUCACGGCUGCUCAGCACAACACUUGCCUUAAGAAAAGCUAUGAACACCUUGCACCAAAUGCCAAAGUUUUCUCCCACAGAAGGACACUACUACCACCAGGACACCGAUCCUUACCUCGGAGAUAAGAGUAGACCUGGCACCAUAAUCAACACACCAAACAUAGGGACCACCGUCUCAAAUACCAACCUCAACACUCCGAGCGACAAAGAGGCUGCUGACAGAAACACAAACUCCAGUACUUUGAUAUCUUUAUUGAAUAUGUUGUAA